UUAACCGUUUCAUAUUAUCUUUCUCAGUGUUAAUACUUUUUAUGAAACGCAGAAACCAAAUAUUGCAAGGUGAAUCGACCUCUAAUCAUUAUUCCGUGAUGGACUAUGUUAUCUGAUAGCCGGAAAAGUCUGCCGGAUACUUAGCACAGACCAUUUUAUUGCAAAAAUAAAGUUUUUUACGUACUACGUGGUUUAUUAGAAACGUAGUUUGUUCCAGAAACACUACUAAAGUGCAGUGGUUUUUGAUGCUUCAAUAUUAUGAAUGUGCACAGUUUCUAAAUGAUCUUAAUUUAGUGACCGGAGAAAAUUUAGUAAUUUUUAAAAUUCCAGACAUAGUCUUUCAAAAUGGAGCCGGUGGAACAAAGUGUUUAUGUUAUAUCAUUGGAUGCGGUGGAUUUGAACUUGCUUCCAACUAUUUACAACACAAGGGAUGAAAGAAUUGUACCAUUAUGGACAAAAAGCAAUCUGGAGAGAAGAAAUAAUGAGUAUUAUCGAUUUGAAAUUAAAAGUAAAGAUCCUGAAGAUGUCAUAGAUAAAACACCAAAACUUGAAUUCGAAAACACAACCUGUUACAUUUGUGACAUUGAAGUGCCUAAACCUUUUUUCAAUAAACAUAGGAACAGUUUAAGGCACAAAACUAACUUGAAAAUAGCUAAUAUAGCUAUGAAGAGGUUGAUGAAGUAUAUUAACAACACAGACAACGUUGGUUGUGCAGAUUAUGAUGAAGUUGAUCCGCAUGCAUAUUUUUGUGCAAAAUGUACAACUGUUAUAGAUGCAAAAGAAAAGGAGACACACAACAAAUCUCUGGCACAUAGAAAUAGUUUAGUUUUAGAAAAAAUCUUCAAUGAUUACCUCACUUUGUAUCAUUCCAAUGAAGAAAUUAAUGAUGUGAAAGCAAAUAAAAGUAUUAAAGAUCUUGAGGAAAAAAUAUAUAAAGCUAUGCAAAGAUUCGUUAGUGGUAAUAAAAAUGAGGAUGAUUCACUAAAGAGCUCUAAUGAAUCCAUUGAAAAACCCACUAAAGCGAAUGACAAUCUAAAGUGGGAUGCACCAGCAACAGAUAUAGGAAGUGAAAUAAUUUCCUUUGCCAACUAUUCAGCAUCACUAAUGCAGUGUGAUUCACCAAACGGUUCUAAUGAAUCCAUUGAAAGACCUACUAAAGAAAACUACAAGCUAAAGAAAGAUGAUGCACCGGAAACAGGAACAGAAAAUGAAAUGAUUUCUUUAAAAGACUAUUUAGCAUCAAUAAACAAGCGUGUUGAACAUCCUAUGUUAUUUAAAAUGCAAAAUGAGAACAAUUUGAUUGAAAUUGAAACAAUUGAUGGCAGUGUAGUCAAGGUUAGAGAAGAAAACUUCCUUGGCUUCAAUAGAGUUGGAAAGAAGCUUAUGCAGUGUUUUGCAUGUAAAGAGAUAUUCAAAGAAAAAAUGCUCGAAAAACAUAAAAUGUCGGAGAAACACAUACAAUAUAUGAUAGCUCCCUUAAAAGAUAAGCACUGUGCAAGACAGAUUAAUGAGUCUUUGACCCACUGCCUUAUCUGCAAUACAAUAACAGAAAAUUCAGACCUCCAUUCGCUAUGUGAUAAAGACCAUUGGAAAUAUUUGAAAGAGGCCCUAAUAUCUGACAAAUUAGUUGAAGAGUUACCAUCAUGUAAAGAAUCGCAUUUUUACUGGGACAAACCAUUUAAAGACCUUAAUUUAGACAAGUAUAACAAUAUUAACAUGAUUUCAAAUGCUAAUGAAAUUCAGAAAACUUAUAUAAACCACGAAGAAAAAUGGAGCAUUUUUGAUAUGGAAAGUAUUCAAACUAAAAGAAUUCAAGAGCCAAGUGUUAUGCCAAAUAAAUUAUUUUGUACGGCCUGCAACGAAUAUAUAAGUUCUUAUAGAAAACAUAAUAAAACAAAGAAACAUGUUUUUCAUGUGAAUUCAAAAUCGAAGUAUCAUUACCUGAUGAGGGUAACAGAAAAUGCAUUAAAAUGCAUAGUCUGCGAUGUUAAAGUAACAGAUAACGAUGAAUACAUACUCAAACAUGUUCUUGAAAAUGAUCAUUCACAGAAAUACAACCAAUUACUAAAAGACAAUAAAAUUAAGAGGGUUAACAAAGAUAUAUUUUAUUGUAAAGUAUGUGAUGAGAUUAUCCUGUUCAAAAAUGAGUUGAUUCACAUGAAUGCUAAAUCACAUCUAGCGAAGUGCUUCACAGAUGAACAUAUGUUCAAAGCUGAUGAUAAGAAUUCCGAUGACGAUGUCAAAGUGUCUACUGAAUACUAUUACUGUAAUGUGUGUGACGUUAAAGUGCCAAAUUACGGACAUAAUAUAGAAGAGCAUUUAACUGGAAGAAGUCAUUGUUCGAAGGUUGAAAAGUCUGAUCCAACUUCUGAUGUGAACAAGGACAAACAAAAUGAAGUUGCAAAGAUCCAUUAUCAAAUGGAACCUACUGAAUACUCAAACAUACUGAACUGUAGAGUGUGUCAAGCUAACGUUUCGCACAAUGAAUUAGCAAUAUCCAAGCACCUGAUGCACAUAAGUCAUAUGGAGAAUUAUAAAAUAUUCUUAAAAGAUAAUUAUUUGGUGCUGACGCAGGAAAACUGUUUUUGUAUAAUUUGUAAAGUUGAUGUUGGAAUUAAAUCUGAAAUCCUACACGUGUUGGGUAAAAAGCAUAAUAAGAAUAUGACGCAAAUGCUUUCAGGUACAAAUGUGCUCACAGAUACAAAUAUCACAGGCAACCCAUCUAUGUCUAAUAUCAAACCAGUAAAGAUUGAACCACCUUAUGUUACAGCUGUGUCUAAAAGUAAUCCAGACACAGCUGUUCCUGAAGAACCUGCUACUACUGCAGACCCUGCUGUGCCAACAAUUAAUAGUAUCACUGACCCAACUGUGUCUUAUGCCAAGAAAGUGAAGGAAAAUAUUAAACCGAAAAAUGUGUCUAAACACAACUCUUUGGUGUCCACAAAUGUCGAAGGUAGAAAUAAUACAGGACAAUCAAAAGUUGCCAAUUUAGUGUUAGCGGAAAUAUCAGGUAUUAAACCGGAAAUGCUUGCUCUUUUAAAACCAAUGGCCAAUCCAAGGUCAGCUUUUUGUAAAAUAUGUGAAGUUGAAGUGCCAUAUAAUAGUCUUAAUGUUAGUACACAUAUGACUGGUAUUAAACAUAGAAACCAAGCUAUGCUGAGAAAGAGCGAUCCAUAAAUUCUUGUUUUUUUUUAUACACUAACACUACAAGUUAGCCCUUGUCGUCUGAUUGUCAGCGAUGAUGCCGCCCUUAAAUUUACAACAAACUGUCAUUCGCUAACGUCUACUACGCACACACACAUACACGGCCACACACACACACAACAACUCAAACUCUUAUUAAUGUUUUUAAUUACUGUUAUAUCCUUAUUAAUUAUUUCAUUUUAUUUUCAUUUGGUUAAAAAAACACACCCAGUAAAAGCAAGGCAAAAAGAAUUCAGCAACUACAAAUAAUUACAAAAAUAAUUUGCAUAGCUAUAUAAAAAUAACAAUAAUAGUUACCAAAAAUUAAAAAAAUAGUAAAACAACUAGGGUGUAACGGUAAAACUCUUAACCUGUGGGUUAUUCUGUGAAACUGGCUUUAGAAUCUGAUUAUUGAUGUCACCUGUAGUGUGAGGUUUCCACUGAAGAUUUGACUUUACGCCUUAUUAUGAGAUCGAAAAUAUUGAACACUUAAGAGUUAAUGCAUACACCUUUUAAAUGUAAUACUUUUUUUUUGUAUUUUUCGAUGAAAUAAAUAAAUAACUGAUUUUAUGGA